AUGCAGAACCCUAGUGCACAUGAAAGCACAGGCUUGCAGUCCCAGCCACCUCCUGAGGAGCAGAAUUAUGGAGCUACUGAAGCCCAUGAGAGACAAGGUCCAUUUGUGUCAGUGUCAAGGAACAGUCCAGCAAAGAGAGAUUACCUGAUAGUUGGUGUGCUAUGCUAUGCGAAUUUAAUAAAUUUCAUGGAUUGGUUUAUUGUACCAGGGAUCCUCUUGGAUAUACAGCCAUACUUUAAUCUCAGCGAUGACGAGGCAGGUCUACUGCACACAGUCUUCAUCUUGUGUUACAUGCUGGCUGCCCCCUUCUUUGGAUACCUUGGUGACCAGUACAACAGGAAAAUCAUCCUUGGAGCUGGUAUUUUCUUCUGGUCUGUUGUAACAUUAGGAACCUCAUUCAUCAGUGAAUCGUAUCACUGGAUAUUCUUUCUUUCACGGGGACUAGUUGGCAUUGGCACGGCCAGUUAUUCCACAGUAGCACCUACCAUCAUUGCAGACCAAUUUGAUGAGGGAAAAAGGACCACAAUGUUAUCUGUCUUCUAUAUCUGCAUUCCAGUGGGAAGUGGUCUUGGUUAUGUCCUAGCAUCCGGCAUGGCAGGUGUCACAGGUGAUUGGCACUGGGCAUUCCGGGUAACUCCUUGCCUGGGAGGUAUAGCACUGGUUCUUCUGAUUAAACUGGUCCCUCACAAGAUCCAGAGAAGGACAGAAGCACACAGAGCAUUGAGCAUAUCUGGCACAAUACGAGUAGCAGCUGAAAAACCUGGUGUACAGAGAUCUGCCAAGACUACUUGGUGGCAAGAUGUCAUAUCACUUGGCAAGAAUUGCAGUUUUGUCUGGUCCUCACUGGGUUUGACUGCCAUGGCCUUCGUUACUGGAGCGCUGGGAAUGUGGGUACCGAUGUUUCUUCACAGGGCUCAGGUUGUCCAGGGCACUGUAUCACCAUGCCUUGAAAAAUCAUGCAGUUUAUCUAACAGCCUAAUAUUUGGAGGCAUCACCAUUGGGACAGGAAUCUUGGGUGUCAUUGCUGGGGCAGAAGCUGCAAGAAGAUUAAGGAAGAUAAACAACAGAGCUGAUCCUCUGAUCUGUGCCACAAGCAUGUUUGUUUCUGCUCUGUGCUUAUUCAUAGCGCUGAUGAUGGCACAGAGGAACAUCACUUCCACUUUUAUUUUUAUUGCAUUUGGAGAACUCUUUUUAUCUGCAAACUGGGCUGUUGUGACAGACAUACUGCUGUAUGUCGUGACACCGAGGCGGCAGUCUACAGCUAUUGCCCUGCAGAUUUUGGUGAGCCAUUUGCUGGGAGAUGCAGGCAGCCCAUAUCUUGUUGGGACUAUCUCCAAUGUUAUUCAGGCCAAGAACAAUCACUCAGUCCAGUGGAGUUUCAGGAGCCUGCAGUACAGCUUCAUCAUCUGUGUUUUUGUUGGUGUCAUUGGAGGAGGUUUUUUCCUCCUAACAUCUUUCUACAUUGAAGACGAUCGUAAGGAAGCAGAGAAGCUCUAA